AUGACUGAGGCGGAAGCGCCUCCCCCGCCGCCAGUGGCUCCGGUCAGAAGCGAGAAGUCGCAGCUGAUCGACCCAAUCGACCAGUACUCGGCGCUAAUUGUCAGGGGCACGAUAAUUGGCGUGGGCAUGGCGGGGGUUGCCCUUUUCUUGAGGAAUUCGCGACUGUUCGCUAAGUUCGAGCAUGUCAGCCAAAUUCCGAAGGACAUCAUUCGCAAGGAGCUCGAGCUGAAGGGGCGAGUGCGCGAAGUGCUGCCGACCGGUGAGCUGAAGAUUGAGCACGAGCCCAUCAUCGGAUUGCCCAGCAUCUUGCGCCGCAAGUCCGAUUUCAAGGGGGGUCUGCUGAACGUUCGACUGGCAGGGAUCGACAUAUCGAAAGCAGGACAACAGUACAUUGCAAAGGACCUGCGACUCACGAACAAACCUGUCACCUUCACAGUUAUCAAGGGGACCGAUGAAGCUCCCGAUGCAGUCGAUGCCGAUGUCACUAUCAAGAAGAAUCCUCUGCUGCGGACGAAUUUGAACGUGGAUCUGGUACGCCGCGGCUAUGCUCGAGUGCCAGCCCCUGACCAUAACAGACACCUCAAGGCCCUCCAGACCGUUCCGGCCUAUUCAAGGCUCAUUUCACGGCUUCUCAUGAGCGAAAAAAUUGCCGACCGAAGAGGCGUGGGAGUGUGGGAGCGUGAUACUUGGGUCGAGUCCCUCCAGAGCGCCCCCUCUCAAGCUUCCGGCUACAUUCGCUCGGCUGCCAUUACCAGAUUUGCAGUGCUUGUUUACUAUGUUACUAAAGAUGUUCUUCUAUACGGCGUGAAGGUUGCUCAAGGGGCCUGGAACUUGUUCUUGACGAUGUGCGCGUACACGGCUUUGGGCUACAAGAAAUUUGGACAAGGCGUCGACCGCAUGUCGUCCGCUUAUGCCCGGAUCAAGAACAAGACGGCGAAG